AUGUCUGUUCUGUCGCGGAUUCUAGUCGUUGUUGGGGUCCUAUCUCUCUUCCAUGCGGCCUACUCCGCCCACGAGUUCUCAACUCUGUCCACGAAGCUGCACAACAAUUCAACUCUUCCACUCGACAUCAAGCUUGAGACUCUGAUUUCUAUACUGCUUGCGAGCUGUGGCCUGGUGAUUGGAUCCGAUCCGUUGAAGCCGGUCAGCUGGAAUGUGUGGGCUGGACAGCUCGAAAAAGAGGGAGGAUUAAACCCAUUCCGCGGUCUUGAGGAACGAGUUGGCUUCAUGGACAUCAGAGCCCAGCGCAAGAAAUUCUCAGCCUGGGCCCGUCAAAAUGGUGGCGGUUCGACGAGUUGA